CGGAUCUCGAAUCAGUGCGACAGAUGCUGCGCUCUGCUUUGGUUUUAUGGAUCGCAAAGUGCUACAGUGCUAGCGGGCAUCUGACCUUUCCGGCUUUAUAACGGCAUACCUAUCUAUCAUUUUAGGUCAAAUCGCAGUGUUCCUUCAAUAAACGCUCUUACUACUUUUGGAGCUACGAUGCCUCUCAAUACAGGGAGAGCGAAUAACAACCUCGAGGACGAUGACUACGUUGCGCAAGUGCUCGCAAAUGAAGCGCGAGAUAGUUCCCUGAAGUAUUCUGCGUUGGGUAUGGGGGCUUAUAUGCCGAAAAGGCCUACAGGAGCUGCCCCUAAACCGAAUACGCGAUUCUUACGGCACAUAAUCAAGGAGACAGAUAGCCACAAUGCGGCCUUGAAGCGAAAGGAAGAGAGGGAAGCCAGAAAACGAAUGCGACAGCUACGGAGCCAACCUGCCCCAUCAUCGCACGAUUCCAGGAGUGAUCACCAUAGCCGCCAGCAUCGAUCAGAUGAUCGUGAGUCACAUCGGGACCGAAGGGAAGAGAAACAUGUCUCCUCUCGAAGAAGACAUAGGAGUCGUUCAGCUUCAGCAGACAGAGAUCGUUCUCAUCGACACCGACGGGGGCGUGUUUCCAAUGGUGAAGACGAAGACCGACACAGGUCAUCUCGGAGAAGCCGUCGGCAUCGAACCUAUUCCCAGUCGAGAAGUCGGUCUCCACAAGAGGGCCGUGAAACUAAGUCUCGCAGUCGCCACCAUCGGCAUCGGAGACGCUCUAGGUCACCUUUAAGGCCCCGGUCGCGAUCGCCUGAAACGCAGGAUCAGCGUAGGCACAGAGACUGCGAGCGCGCGCAUUCUCAUAAAUCUCACGAACAUGUCCCCUCCGGGAGGAGCUCUACGACUAGACACAAAGCAUCGUCGCCACUUCCCCCCACAAAUGCCCCAGAUCAGCCAGAGUAUGACUCGGACCCCCUUGAGGAUAUUGUCGGCCCCCUACCCCCGCAGGUGGGUGGAGCUAAUAGCGCCGCGCCGGUUCGCUCCCGGGGACGGGGUGCCUACAAACCUAAUAUGAGCAAUAUUGAUGCGCAUUUUGCCGCCGACUACGACCCUUCAUUGGAUGUGCAGCCAGAAGAGGACGAUGUGGAUGCUGGAAGUAAGCCCAGUCGCCGUCCUGUGGCCGGCCUGAUGACGGGAGACGAUGACUGGGAGCUCGCUCUUGAAGCAGUCCGAGACCGAGCCCGUUGGAAGCAGAGAGGCGAGGAUAGAUUACGCGAAGCAGGAUUUGAUGAUGCUUUUGUAAAGCAGUGGAAAAGCAACACUACUACUACAGCUGGGGACUCUGAAGGUCUGGCAGAGGAGGUGAAGUGGUCAAAGGAAGGUGAAGGUCGAGAAUGGGAUCGCGGGAAGUAUAUUAACGAGGAAGGGCAUAUUGAUGUUAAGGCUUCUUGGUAGUUUGUGCCAUGCCUAUUCAUAAGCUUCAUAAGCGUACCUUGGGUUCGGCGUUCAGCGAGCUGGGAUCGUGUCUAUCUGUGAAAUUCUUUUAUUGCAGUUGUUUCGGUUCAUCAAUCACUAGAUAUCCUGCAUGAAUGACAGACUUGUAUUUAAUACCAAUGCCCUGCGCAAAGAUAUAUAACGGAUGCCUUUGGCCUCACACAUGACAUUCUACCCAACCAUAAGCCAUCAUUAACACUAACUAAGGUUACCUUUAUGAUCUAAA